AUGACGUCUCCCCUGUGCUGGGGGGCCUCCGCCAACGCCAUGCCUUCUCAGGACCAGAUUGCAGCUCCCUCCAAAGUCAAGGGCAGUCAGGCUCAGAUCAAGCCCUACCACCCUCGAGGCAAGGGCUCAGUGCAGGCCUGGCACUCACUCCAUUCCAAGGCGGCACCUUUCCACGCCAGCGAGGGGAAGUCCGCUGUGCACACGCAGGUGGCUGAGUUACAAAGGAAGAUACAACUGUUAGAGGGUGACCGGAAGGCCUUUUAUGAGAGCACCCAGUGGAACAUCAAAAAGAAUCAGGAGACCAUCAAGCAGCUCCAUGAGGAGACCAGGGCGCUGCAAUUACAGUUGACAGACCUGCUCCAGGGAGAUGAGAAAGUGAUCCAGGCAGUGAUUCGGGAAUGGAAAUCAGAGAAGCCAUACCUGAAGAACAGGACAGGCCAGCAGGCCCUGGAGCACCUGGACCGCCGGCUGAGUGAGAAGGUGAAGCAGCUGAAUGCUCUUCGGUACCAGCUGGGGCUGCGACAGAAGUGGCUGGAGGAGCUCCAGCUGCAGCACAGUCUGCGUGAGCUGGAGAUGGCAGAGGCGAAAGAUAGCAACACAGAGGUGGCCAAGACCAUGCGGAACCUGGAGAACCGCCUGGAGAAGGCCCAGAUGAAGGUGGAGGAGGCCGAACACAUCACCAAUGUGUACCUGCAGCUCAAGGCCUAUCUACAGGAGGAGAGCCUCCGCUUGGAGAACUGGCUGGACUUCAUGGAGGCUGAGGUGGUGAGAACGAAACACGAGCUGGAGGAACUGAACCUAGUGAAUCAGGAGGCGCUUAAUGCGAGGGACAUUGCCAAGAACCAGCUGCAGCAUCUGGAAGAGACAGUGUUCCGAGAGCGCAAAAAGCGCGAACGCCACCUAACAGAGUACAAGAAGCGCGCGGAGGAGAGGAAACUGCAGAACGAACGCAUGGAGCGCAAGCAGACCCAGCGCGAGCAGGUGCUGCUGCAGUCCGACGACAGGCUCCAGGACAGCGUGCGCUCCAAAGAGGAGGAGCUGCGGCGGCGCUGGGACAUGUACCAGAUGGACGUGCUCUUCGGCAAGGUCAAGGACGCCACCGGCGUGGCGGAAACGCACGCGGUGGUGCGGCAGUUCCUGGCACAGGGCGACACCUUCACGCAGUUGGAGACGCUCAAAAGCGAGAACGAGCAGACGCUGAUGACACUGAAGCAAGAGAAGCAGCGGCUGCAGCGGGAGCUCGAAGACCUCAAGUACUCAGGGGAGACUGUGCUGGUGAGCGAGCAGAAGCUGCAAGUCGAGUUGCAAGGACGCAUCAAGGAGGAGGAGCAGCGGCGGGCUGACACACAGGAUCGGCUGGAGCUUGCCAUGCGGGCAAUGCAAAUGACCAAAGAGGGCCUGGAACACCUGGCUGGCAAACUGAACCACGUCCUAGUGGCAGGCCCCGCCCACGAGGAAGCACCGCAAGACGUGAGAGGCGGUGCCAGCACGCAGGAGGCCGGCCGCUUCGCAGGAAAGGAGCUGGAUCCCAAGGCAGGUGACUAUCUGCCCAACCUCCUGGGCCUCGUGGAGGAAAAACUGUUGAAGCUACAGGCGCAACUCCAGAACCACAACGUGCCAGAGAUGCUGCGCCACAUCGCCGACCGCGAGUUCUACUCCACCCUAGAGGGAAAGCUGCCGAUGUACAACACCCGCAUCGCCCUGCCUGUUGCCGGUCGCAAGGACAGGUUCUUCGACGAAGAGGAGAGUGAGGACGAAGACAACGACGUGGUGACCCGCGCGGCGCUCAAGAUGCGUUCCCAGAAAUUAAUCGAAUCCCGCAGCAAGAGGCGCGGUCGUUCGCGGAAGUCCUAGACUCGCCCUCGCGCCCACCUGGCGUUUCCGGGCCCCUGCGGAGCCCCCAAACCCCUCUGGGCCCAGCGGCGGGCCCACAGGGCCCCUUCAAGGGCUGAACGCGGCCCGGACGAGGGAGCAGAGCGGGCGGGCAGGCGAUGCCCGGAGUAGAGAAGGGGGCUGGGCUGCCGGACGUUCCCACAGUAAAUCUCCCCAUGCUGGUCCGCGCCGGCCUCGGAAUCGCGCAUUAAAGGUCAACCACCAGCCCCCUGAGUAUUCGCCUCUCCUUGAUCCUGCACCACCCCAUAGAUGGCUGCCGCUCAAAGCAGGGCCACAGAUUGAGCCCCCUCCGACCUGGGGAGUGAUGACUCCCAUAAGCUAGGGACACAGAUUGAGCUCCCUCAGCCCAUCCAGAGAAAUGAGAAAUACCUCCACACCUGGAGCGGACCAGCCCUCCCCGUCUGAGCAAGCGGACUCUCCUGAGGACGCAGACCUGUACCCCACUUAGCUAUACACAUUAGCUCCUCCACACCUGGGGACACAAAAAAGAGCCCUCCCCUGGGAGAGAGAGAGGUGUC